GGAGAGGGCAAUGAAACUGCUAAAUAAUAAAGUACCAAUAAAGCCAGCAAAUCUAGCACAGGAUAACACAUUUAAGCUUGCUCUUAUAAAUGAGACAGAGCUGCAAAUAUCACCGAGCACAAAGGAGAUAUCUGCAUAUUUGUGCGAUAAGCCAGGAUCUAACUACAAUUUAAGCAGUAAUGCGUGGAGAUUCCAUAUUUCGGUGUAUGCUGGAUUGAUUAGCAACUGUCUUUCAAUGAAAAAAAAAGUAGAGGGGCCGCCAUACACGCUUAUAAAGGCUCUUGCUGAUAGCUAUAUAAAAAAGCAAACGCAGGCGCCUGCUGUAAAUAUUGUAUCACGGCUUGAGAGCCUGGAUGGGGGCUGUGUUAUUCAAUUACAGCCGCAUCAGAUAGAGGGUGUGCAGGUUGCGUGCGAAAGGAACUAUAGAUUAUUGAUAGCAGAUGAGAUGGGCCUGGGGAAAACCCUGCAGGCCAUUUCUAUAGCAAAGACAUAUUUGAAGAGCACUCAAAUGAAACAAAAAAAGGUCUUUUUAUUGUGGCACCAUCAUCAAAUGUGCCCAUGUGGGUGGGCGAGGUAAAGAAGUACAUAACAGAAGUGUGCUAUGAUGUAAAAGAGUGGAGGUAUGCACAAAAAUCAAAUACUUCUGGAAUAGUUGCUUUAAUAACUAGUUAUAAUGGGGCAAGCACAUACAUAGACGAGAUAAUGCCAGGAGACUUUUUUAUGGGGAUUGCAGAUGAGUCGCAGUCAUUGAAAAACAAUGAGAGCAAGCGGGCGCAAGCACUGGUUCCAUUUCUAACAAAAUUGAGAAGUGUCAUCCUUUUAUCUGGAACACCAGCCCUUUCCAAUACGUAUGAGCUGUAUACACAAAUAAGCAUUAUACAUCCAACCUUAUUUUCAUACAAAGAUUACCACGAGAGAUACUGCAAGAUAAGUGACAAUCACUACCAAGCAGCCAAUCCAAAGUUUAAGCAUCUUAUAAAGUACAGAGGCAGUAAAAAUCUGGACGAACUAAAAAUAGCAGUAAAUGAGCUUGUGCUCAUACGAAGGGUCAAACAAGACUGUCUGCAGCUUGGCAAAAAAAGAAGAAUACACGUGACCUUUAUAAGCGACUUGGUUAAAAAAGAGAUGCGCUCAAAUGUGCCGAUCAACACAAAAACACUUCAAAAUGAGCUACUUCUAGAAUAUAAUAAAGCCGCGAAGGAAAAGCUGCCAGAUAUUUUAUGUUUUAUAAAGCAGGCAAGGAACAAAACAAAAGAAAAGAUAAUUAUAUUUGCGCAUCAUAAAGACACGCUAAAUGCUCUUUACAUGGAAUUUAAAGACCGGGCUAUAAAAAUAGAUGGGUCAACUGCCAGGCAGAAAAGAGAAAUCUUGUGUGAUAAAUUCAGGAACUGUCCUGAUAUUGACGUGGCUGUGCUGAGUUUAAAGGCGUGCUCCACUGGACUGACUCUUGUAUGCGCGACUAUGGUGAUAUUUGCAGAGCUACCAUGGACGCCUGGUGAUUUGCAUCAGGCAGAGGACAGAAUAUAUAGAAUAGGGCAGACACAGACAGUUAAAAUAUACUAUCUGAUUGCAUCGCACGUGGAUAAGCACAUGUGGCCGCUUCUUAAAAGAAAGCACAAUACUUUAAAUGGGAUUGGAAUAACAGAAAAAGACAAUGAGCAGAUUAUACUAGAAACUUUUGACCCAAAACAAAAGUCUAUAUGGCAGUUCUAGCGCGCCAUGCAAAGCACAAAACUAUAUCGGGCGUAGGAAUGACUAUACAAUUUACAGAUAUUUUAAUAUAUAAUCAGAGAUGGUUUAAUCUAUAAAGCUAGAAGAUAAAGAAGUAUGGAAUGCUGAGCACGCAGUAUAAUGCACUAGGUAUAUAAAAAUAAACCACACUUAGUUUUAAAACACA